CCCAGGAUAUCCGGCAUGCCGACCAAAGGACUGCCGGUCCGUCUACCACUCCUUAUAUCUAUGGGCCAGCCAGCCGAGAUAUUCACUUGUUCUCUCAGAACCCGGAAGCGGAAAAGAGCGACGACCUGGAAGCGACUGCAGCUGUUCUUUUGCCGGUUCCUUCGGUUCUUUGCCCCCUCCCUGGCGAGGAUGAAGCUCUCGUCCUCGCGCGGGCGGGGGUGGGGCCUCUGGGUGGCCUGGCUGUUCGGGAGCCUGUUAGCAGGAGCAACUGAAACAGAUGAUCUGUCUGAAAAGCUGAGUGAAACUGCUCUUCCAUUUACUACAGAAAGUAGUUCUUCUCAUGUAAACAGUGACAAAGCUAAGGCGUCUAUACAGUACAGAACUGCAGAAAUUGCAGAUGCUAUGAUGGGUCAUGGCGUUCCUGAAGGACAGCCUGUACUUCUGUCAGUUAUUCCAGGUGAGACAAAGGAGAGGCAGGUCUCAGAAUCUGAUUCUGGCACCUGUGAUGCAGUCAAUGGUGAAUGCAGCAUGCAAGGUGUUAUUGCAUCUCUUGCUCAGCCUGGCUCUUCUGCUCAAGAGCAAAUAAGAGAGACAGCUGUAGUACUGGAGGCUGUGCAUCCUUCAUCAACAGACGACUCUAAUAGCACAGAUGGUAUGAAAACGCCUAAAGUGAAUUGUGAAGAAAGAAAUAUCGCAGGAAUAACUAACUUUACGUUACAAAUUCUGAAUAUUUCCCAAGAUUUAAUGGAAUUCUUAAAUCCAAAUGGCAGUGACUGUACCUUAGUGCUGUUUUAUACCCCUUGGUGCCGUUUCUCUGCCAAUUUGGCUCCCCAUUUUAAUUCUUUGCCUCGAGCAUUUCCAACUCUUCAUUUCUUGGCCUUGGAUGCCUCACAACACAGCAGUUUGUCAACCAGAUUUGGAACUGUAGCUGUUCCUAACAUCCUCCUUUUCCAAGGGGCUAAGCCUAUGGCAAGGUUUAACCAUACAGAUCGAACCCUAGACACACUGAAAGCUUUCAUCUUUAAUCAGACAGGAAUUGAGCCCAAGAUUGACGUAGUGAUCACUGAAGAAGAUCAAGAAGGUCCCCUACCUAGUACUCUGACUAAAGGAAUAGACUGGCUUCUCUUAUUUUCUUUACUGUUUCUUAUCAGUUUCAUCAUGUAUGCUACUGUUCGGACUGAAAGCAUCCGGUGGCUAAUACCUGGUCAUGAUCAGGAGCAUCAGGAAUAAUGUGCCUGAGAACUUUAUGCUUUGAGAACAAGUUAAAUAGCAUAAAAUUGUACAGUAGAUUGACUGUGAUUUCUUGUGCACAUAAACCUCAUCGUGUUUCUCUAUUCAAAAACACAGAACAUCAAAUGUUAAACAUUGCUAUGGGAGCGCUGUGAAAAGAUAUAAUUGGAAACUUCUCAAUAAAGUAGAGAUGAGAGAAUUUUCUGCAGAAAAGUACUUAUGCUUGUUGUAGGUUUCUCAUACUCCCCCCCUUUUUAAAAAGAAAAAUCAUGAUUACUUCUAGUGAGUGGAUUACUACUUUUUAUAGUAGAACACCAUGACAUUUCCAUGCCUUGCCAAGUUGUCUGCAGGUGGAUGUUUAUGAUGUGGUAAAGAUCAGAUUUUAAAACACAGGUUUUGGAAAACUCCUUGAACUUUUGCUAUUGAUUUUGCAUUUCAGAUGCUCAGAGUAUAAAUUCUUACAAAUACACAACACACACAACAUGCAAUUCAGAGCUGUAUUUGGGUACGGUCUUGAUACUAGCAUUUGGUCCUAGUAAUCAUUGACACUGCCAUAAUUAUGGUGUCUAAAUAAUAAUGUUAGAAUGUUGCUGUAAAGCAUCAUAGCAUUUCUGUAAUAGCUGACAUGAGAAGGUGACACUCAUACGUGCCCUGAAGUUAUAAUAGGUUUAGUCUUUUAAAGGUGCAAAAAAGGACCUGAUUAGGCAAUUUAAUGUUUAAUAUUUUUAUAUAUAACUUUCAGCAUGGGUGUAAAUUGGUAUAGCACUGUGGUUAUUGUCUUAAUGUUGUGUUUUAGUCUUGCCUCAUCAGGCAACAGAAAACAAGAUCGAUCAUAUACAGCAUCAGGAAGAGAAUACCAUUACGGGAUUACAUUAAAUCCAGGAGAGUUCUGUGGCAUUUUAGAGAUUGCUAUCACAAUAAACCUAUGUCCAAGUUCUAAA